AUGUUCAACGCACUAAACCGGUACCUAUCGCGCCUCGACGGCGACGCGCGACCGCAGCAGCAGAGGGACGGCCCCGGAUUCGGCUUCCAGGUCCUGCGCAACACGAACCUCGAGCUAGGGAUAGAGCCGUGGUUCGACUUCAUCGUCGGGAUCAACGGCCGCGUCAUUGACAACCCCGACCCCCGCCUCUUCGCCCAAGAAGUCCGCAACUGCGCCGGCGCCAGCGUCGCCCUCGGGCUCUGGAGCGCCAAGGGGCAACGGACCCGAGUCCUGCACGUGCCCGUGCCCGGCGACACCCGCUCGCUCGGGCUCUCUCUGCAAUGGACGCCCCUGGCCGUCGCCUCCAACGUCUGGCACGUGCUAGACGUCCCCGCGAACUCGCCCGCCGACAACGCGGGGCUGUUACCGUAUAGCGACUACGUGCUCGGAACACCAGACGGCACGCUGCAUGGCGAGAGCGGGUUAGGCGAGCUGGUUGAUGAUUAUAUCGGUCGUCCGUUGAAGCUGUGGGUUUAUAAUAAUGAGUACAAUGUCACGAGGGAGGUGGAGAUCGUGCCGAGUCGCGAUUGGGGCGGCGAGGGCGCACUGGGUUGUGUGCUUGGGUACGGCGCGCUGCACCGGUUGCCGCCACCGCUCGACGAGCCGGUGAAUGCGCCGGGGGAGAUGUUGUUUGACGUGGACAACGGCGGUAAUGUCGGCGCGGGCGCGGACCAGUUCACGACGCUGGCUCCACCGAGUGAUGCCUCUACGUUCGUCCCCGCUGCUGCGCCGGACUUUUUGGUUCCCGCGCAGGUUGUCUCGCCGCCUUCCCCGGCACCGGGAAGCGUGCCGCCGCGGAGUAAGAAGAAAGAUAGGCAUGGACAUGCUCCAAAGAGGAUGAUGGACGAUUACUUCGCGGAAGAGGAAAAGAAGAGUAGGGAGCUAGAUGGGAAUAUAGCUGCGAGCAAGACGCCACCCCCGCCGCCUCCUAAGGCGGCCGGCGGUCCUCCGAGAGGGCCCCCUAAGGCUGAGGAGUCGAAAGGGAGUGAUGGGGAUGGUGGGGUGGAUUAG